CGAAAUGUACCGCAACAUCAAAGUGAACGGGUGUGUUGUCCUUUUAGCCGUAUUGGCCUUUAUUAUAUCCUGCGAAGCGGCAACACACGGAAUCCCGCCACUGUAUGCUGAGCAUCCUGCGGCACGUGUCGUGGACGGGCAAAUCGUUGCUUACGGUGAAACGCGCGCAGACUUGGACUAUCGGCUACCAAACGCCACCGAACCAGUGCACUAUGACGUUGAACUGACGACAAAUGUGCACAAUGGCACGAAGGAAUUCACAGGCACUGUGAAAAUUCUGUUAAAAGUUAUCGAGGAUACAAGGACCAUAGUUUUGCAUGCUCGUCAAUUGGCAGCAUUCAAAGCAACCGUUACUAACGCAAACGAAACGAGUGGUACUCUGGAGCAGCUAAGCACCGCGUAUGAGGAGGAACGUGAAUUUCUUAGUCUAACACCAACAAACCAGUCACUCACCUUUAGCAAAGGCACUUUUUGGGUUUUAACCAUCGCUUAUGAAGGGGAAUUGCGUACCGAUAAUGGUGGGUUUUACUUGUCCACCUAUAGUGAUGAAGAAGGCAAUGAACGUUAUUUAGCAACGACACAAUUUGAGUCGACCGAUGCUCGUCAUGCAUUCCCGUGCUACGAUGAACCAGCCAAGCGCGCGACAUUCAACAUCACUAUUAAUCAUGAUCCCUCAUUAAAUGCCAUAUCGAAUAUGCCUCUGGAUGAAGAGAGAAGCAGACCUGGCUAUUCCGUCUUCCCAAAGACUGUUAUUAUGCCAACUUAUUUAGUAGCGUUCAUUGUGUCUGACUUCGAAUAUACCGAAGGUAUGUUGAACGCACUUCCACAGCGUGUCUACAGUCGACCGGGCACAACUCAGAAUCAGGAAUGGGCUUUGGUUUCCGGUAUGUUGCUGAUACAGCGUCUUGCCGAGUAUUACAAUGUGAAUUUCGCAUUGCCAAAAAUGUAUCAAGUUGGUGUGCCAGACUUUGCCGCUGGUGCUAUGGAAAACUGGGGCUUAGUUACAUAUCGAGAGCAAUACACGCUAUACAGCAAGAAUACAUCGACCACAAGUACUCAGACUAAUAUCGCCACUAUCAUCGCUCACGAAUACUGUCAUCAAUGGUUUGGCAACUUCGUAACUCCAAAAUGGUGGACGUAUCUUUGGCUGAAAGAAGGUUUUGCUACCUUGUUCUCUUGGCAGGCGACAGAUGAGGCUUAUCCUGAAUGGGACAUUUAUCAGAUGUUCCUUACCGGCGACUAUCAAACGGCACUUACUAGUGAUGGUACAGGCCAAAUGAACCCGAUGACACAUUACGUACAAACUCCAUUUGAAAUCUCGCAGCGUUACGAUUCAAUUUCGUAUUCGAAAGCCGGUUCAGUGCUUUAUAUGUGGCAGUGUGCGCUGACUGACGCAGUAUUCCGCCUAGGGCUGAAUCUUUAUUUGACAACAAAUCAAUAUGGUGCUGCUGACGAGUAUCAACUUUUCGAAGCUCUGGGUAUUGCGGCUGGUGCACAAAACGUGCCGCUGCCUGCCACCAUGGCGGCUAUGUUCUCAAGCUGGUCUCAACAAUCCGGUUAUCCUCUACUCACCGUUACACGUAAUUACAACAAUAACACAUUCACCAUAACUCAAGAAGCUUUCUACGAUAGUACCGACCUAACAUCAGACAAAACUUGGUAUAUCCCCUUGAAUUAUGCCCACAAAUCAAAUCCAGACUACCGUAACACUACCGCAUCGCAUUUUAUGCUCAAAGCAAAAGAAAUCGAAAUCAGCGAUAAUAGUCUAGCAGCUGAUGAUUGGUUGAUUCUCAAUAAACAAUCGACCGGUUUCUAUCGCAUCAAUUACGAUGAACAAAACUGGAAUCUUAUCAUCGAUGAGCUGAAAUCACGACCAUACAAAUUCCAUCCACGCAAUCGAGCUCAACUUAUUCAUGACGUCUACAAGUUCAGUUCUACAGGUCGUCUCGACCAAGCCAUGCUGUUGAAUUUGAUGCAAUAUAUGACGAACGAAGAUCAGUACGCACCAUGGUCUGCUACCUACAGUGUAAUCAGCACAUUCAUUAAAUAUCUGAAUGGCGAUAGCGAAUACAAAAAUUUCCAACUCUUUGUGGCCUCAUUAGUGACAGGACUUUAUGAGAAGUUGGGUGUGAAUGAUAUAUCUGGCGAACAGCAUCUUACCAAGUUCAUACGUAAUAUGGCCAUUGAUCUCGCCUGCCUGUCAGGCGUGGAGAGUUGUCUAGAGGAAACUAAUAGCAAAUUGAAGGCACUAAUUAGCAAUGGUAUCGCAAUCGAACCAAAUUUGCAAUCUUAUAUAUACUGCAAUGGACUGCGCCAGUCCGGUGAUGCAGAAUUCGAUUUUGUUUAUAACCAAGUGUUACAAUCAGAUGAUCAAGCAUUACGCACCUCACUCACCUCUACAUUGGGUUGCUCACAAACACAGUCUCAAUUACAAAAAUUUGUUGCUAGCUCAAUCGAUAUGUCCGUCGAUUGGCGUACGCAAGAGCGCAUCACUCUACUCAGUGCGGCGUAUUCGCGUAGCAGUGUUGGACUUUUGGUGUGUAUAGAGUUCCUUAACGAAAAUUGGGAGGCAUACAGUAAUUUGACUUCGGGUUUCGGUGGCGAUAACCCACUUAAUGCAGCAAUGGUCGGUAUGGCCAAUUAUGUAGUUAAUGAGGAACAACAAACCAAAUAUUUGGCUUUGCUGACUAAGGUAAAGGACAGUGGUAAGGUACAAGACAAUUUGGAGACGGUCGCCAAAGCAAAUAUUCAAUCUAAUUUUGACUGGUUGAACAGAAAUCGUGAUCCGAUUAUGGUGUGGAUGAAAGAGUUUGCUAAGGGUGGCAGUGCCGCACUUAGCGCCACACUUGUAUCAUUUUUCACUGCGUUUACGGUUUUGUUGGUGCAUUAUUUGUAGAUGAUUAGAUUAAUAGCUUUCUUACUUUUACAAUAUGUGGAUAGAUUUAUUUAAAUGAGGAGCUUUAAUAGAAACUAAAAUAUUGCUUAAACUGAAAGAAGUGCACAAAUCCAAUAAAAAAUGAAAGAAGAUAGUUAUUUUCUUCUUAGCAUACCUUUAUUGACUAAUAGUGGGAGUUCUGGCUUAAAAGUAUAUCUCCGGAGAUAUCAGUAUUCAGUGCUGUUCCUAUUUCUCAGAGGACUGUAAACUAGUUACGAUCACUUUUGAUUCUA